AUGAAUUAUGUUACAUGGGUUGAGCAUGUCGACGUGGAUGAAUGUGGUGUUCACAAUCUGUACAAGCAGCUGGUUAACUCUAGCAACACAUUUGGGGCGAAACGAUGGGUCGCUACCUUGGACAGUCAAUGUGAACGUCUUACCAGUUCCCUGGCAUCAAACAUCCCUACUGGUGAUGUUGGUGUGAUUACAAAUCAAGAAGGCAGAAAAAGCAUGUUAAAAUUGGCUGAAAGGAUGGUCAUAAGCUUCUAUGCUGGAGUAAGCGCAUCAACCACUCACACAUGGACAACACUGUCUAGGACCGGGGCUGAUGAUGUUCGGGUGAUGACCCGAAAGAGCGUGGAUGAUCCUGGUAGUCUGGAAAUCACAUGCACAUUUCAAUGGGACAUUCUUUCCAAUGGUGGAAUUGUUCAAGAAAUGGCACACAUUGCUAAUGGUCGCGACACUGUAAAUUGCGUGUCUCUACUGCGAAGUGCGAAUUCAAGCCAGAGCAACAUGCUGAUACUGCAAGCGAGUUGCACAGACCAAACAGCUUCUUUUGUGAUUUAUGCUCCAGUGGACAUUGUUGCCAUGAAUGUGGUACUAAAUGGGAGUGACCCUGACUAUGUUGCUCUUCUUCCUUCUGGCUUUGCCAUCCUUCCAGAUGGAGGAGGCAUGGGGGAUUCUGGCUUUGGUGGUUCCCUUCUCACUAUUGCCUUUCAAAUUCUGGUUGAUUAUGCCCCGACCGCCAAGCUCUCUCUCGGGUCAGUGGCAAUAGUUAACAAUCUGAUUGCUUGCACUGUGGAGAGGAUCAAAGCUGCAUUGUCUUGCGACACUGCAUGA